GGACGAACUACCGCAGCAGCGGCCUCUCCUCCCCGUCCCUAUCUCUUCGGUCUCCGUCUCCGUCCCACCCGCAUCUCCUCCACCACUACCGUCGCCUCGCCGUCGCCGCCGCCGCCGAUGGCCCGCCUCCUCGCGCAGACCCUAACCCUCGCCCGCCCCUCCCCCUCCCCAUCCGCCACCGCCGCAUCCGCCUCCCUCCGCGGCCUCGCCACCAAGGUCGAGGUCAUCGAGAUCGACCUCACCGAGGACGACGCCGCGGCCCCCGGGGGGUCCCCCGCCGCGGCCCCGUCGGUCGAGGUGGUGGGGAUCCGGCGCCUGGAGGAGGCCAUCCACGGCGUCAUGGUGCGGCGCGCCACCCCGGACUGGCUCCCCUUCGUGCCGGGCGGGUCCUUCUGGGUGCCCCCGCUGCGGCGCCCGCAGGGGGUCGCCGAGCUCGUCGGCCGGAUCGCGGCCGCGGGGGGCGCGGAGGGGCUCGUCGGGGCCGCUGGCGGCGCGGUCGAGGUCGUCGAGCUCGACGCGCCCAUGACGGAGGAGGAGGCGCUCUCCUUCUCCACCGCGCGGGGGUGGCCCUCGGCCACCUACUUCGUCGAAGGGAAAUCUCCACAUUCAAAGAAGGAAUCGAGGAAAGGUGCAACUCAACCUGAUGAUGAAGAAAGCUGAUUGGUUUGUGCUACACUGCCAGGGGUAAGGGUCCUACAAGAAAAGGCAGUGCAGAGUUUCAUGACUCUGCCAUAACCAAUGUACAUAUGGAUGGCAAGGACCCCAUUGCUGAUAAACCACUGCAACUGCUACCAUUGAUGUUGCUGUCCCAUCCGUCCUGGAAGAUAAACCAUUGAAACCACUAAUGAGUCGGUUGCAAUGCUGUAAAUCUGGUCCGAAGCUCAUGCGCCAAAGGUUCUGUUUGUUAUAAUAAGCAUGGAGAGGGAUGCUAAAUGUGUGCUUAGUAGUCCAGUAGGUGGACUCCAGCAUAGGCUCUAGUUCUGCUUUAGCCAUCCUACGAGGAACAAUGUUUGUAAAAUUGGUGUAAGCAUCCUGCCCUCCUCUGAUCUUGAACUGUUUACAUGUAAAACAUUUUGAAAGUGCUACAAACUGUAUUGUUGUGUGGACGGGUAUAGUAUACGAUUAUCCCUGUUUCUUUUGUGCCGGCUCUGUACCUGGGUGGCGUUUUCAUGUUUGAAACAUUGUUUGGAGAGCUCA